AUGCUCAUCGCCUUCGUCGACGCCGCCAUCAUGGCCGUAUGGACCCCGCUCGUCGCAGCCAACGCUGCUACGAUGUACUAUGAUUGCUGCAAACCAAGCUCUUCGUGGCCUGGGAAGGCUAAUCCGGUUUAUAACCCGGUUGCCGUUUGUCUCGCCGAUGGCAAGACGGUUGUGACCGGUCCUCGGCUCAACGAUGCUACAUCCUCGGGCUGUGGUGGUGGAGACCAGUUCCAGUGCUCGUGCCAGCAGCCCUGGACUGACCAUGCCAACCCGGAGCUGGGCUAUGCAUUUGCUGCCAUGACCACCCAAACCGAAUCCGAGAAUGCCUGCGCCUGCUACGUGCUCGACUUCGCCGGUGCCAGGCCGGGCAAGGUCAAGACGCUCUUCUACCAGGUGAUCAACACUGGUGCCGACGUGGGUGGUGGGGGACUCGACAUCCUCGUUCCCGGCAUGGGCAUCGGUCUGAUGACCCAGGGCUGCCCUGCCCAAUUCAAGACCGACAUUUCUGUCUGGGGCAAGCAGUACGGCGGUCUUGACCAUGACGCGGCUGGAUGCCACAAGCUGCCAGCCGACCUGCAGCAUGGCUGCCUGUGGCGCAUGAACGAGUGGGGUGAUUCGGUCAACAUGGCCGGUCAGCCCCGUAGGGUCAAGUGCUCCCAGGCCCACAUCGACCGCACCGGCUGCCAGAGGACCGACGAAAAGAACGUGCCGUCUUUCGAGCAGGCUUUCGCCAGUAUUCGACACGGUGGAGACGCACACGCGGCUCCCGACCGCUACACCCCCAACGCUGCCGUUUGCGGUAUCGGUCACUCGGGCCAUCCCAUGGCUCGACGCAACUACGUCGGCGCCCACAGCAACUCGAUUAGCCGCUCGUCCAGCCACAGCUCGAGCAGCCACCACAUCGUUGUUCAGAAGCAGACUUCUGGUAAGGGCCAUCACCCCGGUAAGGGGCAUCACGCUGGCAAGGGUCACCACCGCGCUGGCGAGCACCACUAA